UUCUCUCUGACAAGAUCUGAUCCGUGAACGGAUUCUGAUUUGCUGAUUAUUGUUCUUGUAGAUUCGAAUCCGUUAUGGAUUGGCAAGGACAGAAACUAGCGGAGCAGUUGAUGCAGAUCCUGCUCUUGAUCGCUGCCGUUGUGGCGUUCGUCGUUGGUUACACGACUGCGUCGUUUAGGACGAUGAUGUUGAUUUACGCGGGAGGCGUUGGUGUCACGACGUUGAUCACGGUGCCAAACUGGCCAUUCUUCAACCGUCAUCCACUCAAGUGGUUGGAUCCAAGUGAAGCGGAGAAGCAUCCUAAACCGGAAGUCGCUGUUAGCUCGAAGAAGAAGUCAUCUAAAAAGUAGCACAAUCUUCUUUUGUAAUCUCUCUUAUUUUUCUAGACCUUUGAUAUAAAAAAAAGACAUGUUCUGGAUUUUGCUUAUGAAUAAGAUAGUCUAAAUGACAUAAUAAUGUCGAUUGAUUCUGAGACAUCCUUACUUACCUGUUUAUGUAAGAAGACAA